AUGGCGACUUCGACUUCGUCCCACGGCGGAACAUCUGGCGGUGGAAACUCGAGCAUCAUUGGUCAACACUUUCGAGUUGGCAAAAAGAUUGGCGAGGGUAGUUUUGGUGUCGUCUUUGAGGGCGUCAACUUGCUUAACGGACAGCUCGUCGCCAUCAAAUUUGAACCUCGCAAGUCGGACGCUCCACAGCUACGAGACGAGUUUCGUAGCUACAGAACACUCAACGGCACCCCCGGGAUCCCCCAGGUUCACCACUUUGGUCAAGAAGGUCUUCAUAAUGUCCUAGUAAUUGACCUCUUGGGUCCGAAUCUCGAGGAUUUGUUCGACAUGUGCGACCGCAAGUUUACCGUCAAGACGGUCGCCAUGUGUGCUAAGCAAAUGAUUACCCGUGUUCAAGCGAUCCACGAAAAAUCGCUCAUUUAUCGCGAUAUCAAACCAGAUAAUUUCCUCAUCGGUCCCGCUGGAAAGAGCAGUAACAUGAUUUACAUGAUAGACUUUGGCAUGGCAAAGCACUAUCGAGAUCCAAAGACCAAACAACACAUUCCUUACCGUGAACGCAAGUCUUUGAGCGGAACUGCGCGUUACAUGUCCAUCAACACCCAUCUCGGCCGCGAGCAGAGUCGACGCGAUGACUUGGAAGGACUCGGUCACGUGUUUAUGUACUUUUUGCGCGGCGGAUUGCCGUGGCAAGGGCUCAAGGCUGCGACAAACAAACAAAAGUACGAGAAGAUUGGGGAGAAGAAGCAGAGUACGAGCAUCCAAGAACUCUGCGAGGGCUUCCCUGAGGAAUUCGCCAUUUACCUUAACUAUGUUCGAAAGCUGGGCUUUGAAGAACAGCCCGAUUAUGACUUUUUGCGAGAUCUCUUUGCCAAAGUACUGGCGAAUCUGGGAGAAACCGAUGACGGCGUCUUUGAUUGGAUGUUGAUCAACAACGGCGCCGGGCCAUUUGCGACCCCGACCACGAAUACAAUUGACCGGCAUAUGCCCCAGGCUGGUGGAGGAACUGGCGGUGGGAGAAGACAUCGCACGAGCGGUCAACCUGCUGGUCCGGCUCGACAAGGCUCGAGAAGAGGUGGUCGGCCAGGACAGCUGGACACUACUCUCGCUGUCGGUACCGCUCAGGGCAUGGGUCCCCAAUCCGGAGAUCCUAGACUCGGACGCGGUGCACCGAGUCCGAGUCCACUCCUCGUUAAUCCACCCGCAACUGGCCGUAGGAUGAGCGGUGGUAUGGGUCACCCGUACUCAAACGCCGCUGCGUCUCCUGGUGCACCACAGGGUUACAAUGGCUCUGCAGGUAAUAUUGGGCAAGGAGCCCACGCGAGAGGCAUGACUGGGGACGAUACUUUGGGUUACCAGAGCCAAGGUCGAACCAGUGCCAUGGGGUACUCGCGUGGUUAUGGAAGCAACGUUGCGGUUCGCGGUGUCGGUGGGCCUAAUGCCUCGGGAACGCUGGGUACUGGACAACAUCAUGGCAUGAUGCAAGGCAACGGCAUGAACCCCGUGCCAGAGGAGCCGCAAAAGAAGGGUAUUUGGGCCAUCCUCUGCUGCCGAUGA